CGGCAGCAGAAGGAGGCGGAGGGAGAAGGGCGAGGGAUGCAGAGCCCGGGCAGCAGCUGACCCCGGGGGGGGAGCCCGGCCAUGGCCUUCCUGGGGGGGCCCCGGCUCCUGGACUGGGCCAGCUCCCCCCCUCACCUGCAAUUCAACCGCUUUGUGCUGACGGGCUACCGGCCGGUCAGCUCCGGGUCCGGCUGCCUCCGCAGCCUCUUCUACCUGCACAACGAACUGGUCAACAUUUAUACCCACGGUAUCCCUCUGCUGGGGUUUCUCUUCUUGAUGCCCUUGACCAUUCCAUGGACCCGAAUCUCAGUAGCAUGGCUAGGAAUAGCACACUACUUGGCUUGUAUCUUUCCACAGCUGGGCAGUGUGCUCUACCACCUCUUCAUGAACCACGAGGGAGGCCCAGCUGUUUACCACACCUUGCUCACCCUUGACAUGUGUGGGGUAUGCAUGGUCAACACCUUGGGUGCUCUGCCAAUCAUCUAUUGCACGCUGGCCUGCACCCCAUUUUCCCGUGCUGCUGCCCUGCUGGCCUACACAGGCCUGUCAAGCUAUGGUAUCUUUUGUGCAGUGACUGCCCGUUCCAGUGUCCGGCGCCUGCGGUCCUUUGCCUGGCAAGCCCUCUUCCGCUUCUUCUUCUUCUACCUACGCUGGGUGGGACUGGGCACCGGCCACCCUUCCUCUCUGCGUUCGUACCUCAUAAUGGAUGGCUUAGCUCUUCUUGGGGGCGUCAUCAACAUCUCAAGAGUGCCUGAGCGCUGGAAGCCGGGCCGCUUUGACUACUGGUUCAACAGCCAUCAGAUUAUGCACGUGCUGGUGGUGGUCAGCAUUCUGUAUCUCCACUGGGGUGUAGUGGCUGAUCUACAGUGGAUCGCCAACUAUGCCUGCCCAAUGGAAUGACUGCACCAUGGGGCAUCCCUUUCCACAGAAGAACUCCACUGAUUGGGAGGACUUCUGAGGUGUGGGCCGUAAGAUUAUUGUUCAAAGUCUUCUACAAGGGCUGUUGAGGACAUGGAAGGACACAUGUAUGCCUUCUGAAUAUUACCUACUUGGGUCUUGUUCUUGGGGGCUAUAUUGGUCGAAUAUUUGUGGAUCAAUGUGUGUAGGACUUGGAUACUUCCAGUUAUACAAUGGAUUUCCAUUGGUUGAGGUGCUUCUAAAUCAGCUUGUGAUGUUCAGCUGUUCUUCCAAAUUACCACCAUGGUGAGAUGGGAUAGUGGACAAAGGUUCUUGGAUGGCUGAUGUACAGUCUCAUAAGCUGUAGAAAAUCAAUGGUAAUCACUGAUACGAAGGUUCUCCAUGAAAACCUUUUACUUCAGCUCGCAUUGGCUGUACACCUAUACACCUUUACACUGGCUGGGGUGGUGAUUUAGGAGGAAUAUCAUUGGACAUCUCUACCUGUCUUGGGGGUGAGGUAUGCACUUGAAAGAAGAAGGGUCUUAGUAGAAGAUGCUUGUUUUUUGGGUACAGCUUCUCUGCUUUAUAGAGACAGUUAUUUAAUAGACUUUUUAUCCAGGUAUCUUUCAGACACCAUGCAAUACUUUUCUUAUUUUUUUAAAAGGGCUGUUUAGACACCUGGGUAUCAAGGCCUGCUGCACUGAAUGGCAGGGAGGAUUUGUCAGGGGGCGGGGGAAGGAAAAGUAUGCCUGGAAUGCUGCUAACCAGCUUAUUGGGGGUGCUCUGUAUGCAUUUUUUUUUGCUCUGAAAUGACUUGAAGCACUGUACCAGCCCCCCCCCAAAACAGGGGCAAUUAGGGGCCUUGAAAAAUGGAUUGGGGUGGACGUUCAGGGAGCUGUGACCCCCAAGCUUCCAUUUCUGGCUGUUUUCACCAAAUCUGGGACUGUGGCUUCCUUUGCAGCAUGCCUCAGUUUCCCACUUCUCUCCUGGUAGAGAGACUUAGGGGGAAGGUCAGCCCCUGAAUGUAUCCAUUCUUGGGUUCAUCCUUUAUUUUCUCUUUUUGUUUCCCCAAUUAUACAUCUAUUGCAGCUGGUGCUUUCCGGAGCUUAGUUUAGCAUACAUUUGAAGAGCAGUCUCUGCUCCUCUUUCUUGUGGCUGCACUUGCUGCCACCGCUGCAGUGACAGGGACCCUGUGAGGGAGCUGCCUCUGCUUCCUCUCUCCUCCUUUCUUUAUGGGCCACAAGGCCACUUAACGUUCUUCCUUCAUUUGGCCUCCUAAAUUAGUCCAAUUGAUCCAUCUUGGAACAGCACAGUGUUCUGUUUGCUUCACUCUGACUAGCACCAUCAUUUUUUUUAUUACGAAUCUGAAAAACGAAGAGCCAAGAUUUUGUAGGUCCCCGAUCAGCAACCAAAUUUCUAGGAAGGUGUUUUUGAGACCAUAGGCAGGGUGGCAUGCCAAACCCAAAGCAGCUUUCUAGCAAGUCCUGCUGCCAUAAACAUCACUUCCUUUCACACUCCUUACUGCUGGAUAGGGAAAGGGAAGUAAAAGUACCAGUUUAAGUAAUCUCACUUAGUACAAAUGAAAGCCAGUUGCUAAGCAGUAAACCACAGUCCAGUGACAUACUUUUAUUGUAGCACUUGUGCAUGAGACAACCUGAGCUCUUAUCCAUGGCAGCAUUGGCUAGAAUACAGUCGUUAAGGUGCCACUAGAUUCCUGACUCAUGCUACAAUAGGCAAAUAGAUCUGGAAUGAUCUAAAUCAGUUGUUUUUGGUUGGUUGCCAUAAUGGUCUUCAUAAUCUAAGCUCUAAAUGGGAGUUGCAGGGUGAUCAGUUCCUUAAAAGUACAUGGUUCAUCAUAUGGAGGUGGUUUUUUAAAAAAAAAAAAAACUGGUGGGUUUUUCCAUCCGCCAGGCCUCUUGUUCAGCCACAAAGGAAUGUAUCUAAACCAAGGCCGUGAACAUCAGCAUCUCAACCCAUAUUUGGGGGCCAUUGUAAAUAAAGAUAAAAAUAUUUUAACAUUUAAUUUAACAUAUAUUUUAACAGAUUACAAGGAGAUGGAAGAUGUUCUUCCCCAUCCAACUGGGAUUCUAUAUUUUCUAUGCAGUGCCACUUUAAUCUUAAUCCAUACUGUAUACAGUGGCUGAGAAACACAGCAUGUAUGAAAAUAGUUAAAACCUGUUUUGGAAAUUCAGAUAUCUAGUUUUCAUGUAGUAGGGCAAAUCAAACUGGAUUUGGGUCUGAUUCGGGCCAAAUUAGGCAUGAUAAAUAGUUGGGCAUUUAUCUUUUCCCUGCUGUUGGGUGGGUACAGUCUUGAAGGGGGCUAGGAAGUUAUUUGUAUAUGUUCCCCAGGAAUCAGAAAAGCAGCUUGCUAGUAGCCAGGUCACAGAAAAAUCGCCAGAGGGCAAGUAGUUAGUCCCUCUUGCUUAUCCCUUUUUAAACUCCUGGCUGCUUAAGGCUACUCCCCCCACCCCCAAGUAAGCAGCAGGGGAAGAAUACAUGCAGCUGUCUUAUGUAUUGUGUGAACCCUAAUCUUUGUAUUGAAUGGCUGAUCUGUUGUGGGGUGGGGGAACUUUGGCAUUGCUGCAGACAAAGCUGCUACAAGCCAUUAAAAUGGCAGAUUUUAAAGGGUCUUGGCAGGAAUAGUUACCUUAAAACAUGGCUAAGGGUUAGAGAUGCUUCCCUUGAGGAAAUAUUAAACCUGGGCCAUUUGGCCAUGGGUUAUCUUUUGCAAAUGGAGAAGAUAGUUGGCAGCCUUAACUUGGUGGUCUGCAGCAGAGGGGAAGGACUGACUUAGGCCUCCCACAUUGGGGUGUGAAGUAUGUUUUCUGCUCUCCCAUUUUGGGUCUGGGGUUUCACCUACUCACAGCCUAGUCUUGUCUCUUGUUAUCUCAGGGUAGACGGACAUAGUUAAAUGUUCGCAGCUUCCUUAAUGAAGCUACAUCUCUUUAAAUAAGAGCAAGGCACCAAAUAAUUUUAAAAAUGCACUCCAGGCAGGUGGGAGGGAGAGGGGGAGACUAUAAGUGCUUAUGGUCAAGAGCCCCCUGUUGGACAGAUAGCAGGUCUGGGCUUCUAAUAAAGAGAUGU